AUGAUAGGUGUGGGGUGGGGGAGAGGGAAGUCGGAGAAGGGUGGAAGGGGAGGGAGGAUGGGGAAGGAGAAGGGGAGAGGGGGAGAGGAGAAAGGAGGAGGAGGGGGAAGGUUGGAAAGUGGCUGUAUCAACGAGGGUGGAAUGGGAGCAAUGAAAAGGGAGGAAUCGAAAAGAAUCUCCAGGUCGAUCAAUCAAACCUGCUUCCCCACUGCUAAGAGGGAGUGGGGGGAGCGGAGGUGGAGGCACUGUGGGUGGGUGGAGGAGGAGGAGGAGGAGGAGGAGGAGGAGGAGGAGGAGGAGGAGGAGGAGGAGGAGGAGGAGGAGGAGGAGGAGGAGGAGGAGGAGGAGGAGGAGGAGGAAGAGGAGGAAGUAGAGGAGGAGGAGGAGGAGGAGGAAGUGGAGGAGGAGGAGGAGGAGGAAGUGGAGGAGGAGGAGGAGGAGGAAGUGGAGGAGGAGGAGGAGGAGGAAGUGGAGGAGGAGGAGGAGGAGGAGGAGGAAGUGGAGGAGGAGGAGGAGGAGGAAGUGGAGGAGGAGGAGGAGGAAGUGGAGGAGGAGGAGGAGGAGGAAGUGGAGGAGGAGGAGGAGGAGGAAGUGGAGGAGGAGGAGGAGGAGGAGGAGGAAGUGGAGGAGGAGGAGGAGGAGGAAGUGGAGGAGGAGGAGGAGGAGGAGGAAGUGGAGGAGGAGGAGGAGGAGGAAGAAGUGGAGGAGGAGGAGGAGGAGGAAGUGGAGGAGGAGGAGGAGGAGGAAGUGGAGGAGGAGGAGGAGGAGGAAGUGGAGGAGGAGGAGGAGGAGGAAGUGGAGGAGGAGGAGGAGGAGGAAGUGGAGGAGGAGGAGGAGGAGGAAGUGGAGGAGGAGGAGGAGGAGGAAGUGGAGGAGGAGGAGGAGGAGGAAGUGGAGGAGGAGGAGGAGGAGGAAGUGGAGGAGGAGGAGGAGGAGGAAGUGGAGGAGGAGGAGGAGGAGGAAGUGGAGGAGGAGGAGGAGGAGGAAGUGGAGGAGGAGGAGGAGGAGGAAGUGGAGGAGGAGGAGGAGGAGGAAGUGGAGGAGGAGGAGGAGGAGGAAGUGGAGGAGGAGGAGGAGGAGGAAGUGGAGGAGGAGGAGGAGGAGGAAGUGGAGGAGGAGGAGGAGGAGGAAGUGGAGGAGGAGGAAGUGGAGGAGGAGGAGGAGGAGGAAGUGGAGGAGGAGGAGGAGGAAGUGGAGGAGGAGGAGGAGGAGGAAGUGGAGGAGGAGGAGGAGGAAGUGGAGGAGGAGGAGGAGGAGGAAGUGGAGGAGGAGGAGGAGGAGGAGGAGGAGGUAGGCAAAAGGAAGGGGGCAGGGAGUGCCGCUAGGAAUGGGGGCCUCAAUGCCCCCUUCUGUGGCGGAGACGAGCGCCGGAGAGAAUCCCACUGUGUGGACUGCGCCUGGCUGCGACCCACCCCCGAGAUGGGCCACAGCGAGGGAGAUGUUGAGGGCCGCCGAGGCGACGGGCUACAGCACUCGCCGGGCAGCCGUGGGGGCUACCCGGCAAGCUCUACACUGAUGCCUGUGCAGAAAUUAACCUCCCCCUUCUGCCAUGGACCGCCACAGACAUCCCUUGCCACGCGCGGCAGCCUGGCGAAGGCCUUGCAAGCCCUUGAGAGCACCCCAGUCAGCCCGUCCAACUGUGAGACUCUGGAGGCCCUCCAAUCUCGUCUCCCCAACGCCAUCCCCUUCCUUCCAGAAUGA